GCUUGGAAAAGUCGGAAGAAAUGUCAGUUAGUAAGUGGAAAUCACCGGAAAAACUACACAUCGCGGCAGAUAGGGCGGCAGAAAAGCGCUAAUAUACCGCAAACAGGCUAUUACCAAGAGCGGAAUGCUGAUAAUAAUAACAAUAACAAAAGCUCAUCCCGCAAACACAUAAUAUAAAAACACAAAAAAUAAGCGAAAAAAACAAAAACUAAAAACAAACAAAAUCGCGCGUUUAAUUAACGAACAACGACGUUGGCAGCGCAGUCGACGUCGAAGUCGCCAUCGCCAUCGCGUGGCGGGUGCUUGGGUGUGUGGGUGUUUAUGUGUGACAGUGACAGUGUGUGUGCCUGUGCCUGUGUCUGUGUGCGGCGGAUAUAAAACUGCAAUUGAUUGCAAUUUCGGCGGCAUUUGCAAGUCGGCAAGCCGGCGAAGAACACAAAACCAAGAAAUCAAUAACAAAACAAAAAGCUGAAUAUAAAAAACAUCAACAAAAAAAAGCAACAACAACACACUAACAACGAAAUCAACAGCAACAAAAUAAAAGAAAAAAACAACAAAAUAGCCAAAACGGUUCGUCGAGUCAAAUGUGAAUGUAAUUUGAAGAAUUCCCAUUCAGCGAUCCGAUGUAGCCAGUCCGAAGUAAUAAAAAUAUACGAAAAUGCAACCAUUCCGUUCCGUGCCGUGCUAAUGCAAAAAGUAUACGAUUCCAAAGCGAUAAAUAUUUAAAUAUUUAACUGAAAGUGGAGUAACAAUUUUACAAAUAUCUAAUCUUGAUAAUAAGAGUCUUAAAGUGGAGAGAAUCUAAGGACAUUUUCUACAGGCAUUUGUUAUUUGGAAAAAAAACAAAAAAAUUAAGGAAGAGCGAAGCCUUUAAGCCACCUAAGAACAGGAAUAAGCGGCAAGUCUUCAAAACAACUUUGCAGAGCCCAUGUUGUCUUCUGUCUAGUUUAUAGAGUGCUCCCUCAAAAGACGUGAGCGGAUUUGUAUGAAACAGAUAUUCAACCAGAAAGAAGCUAAGCCAACGGAAUGGAAAAAAUGCUAGGCCAUGCCGUUUAUCGAGCGUUGACAAUUUGACGCUGAGCUGUGUCUGGAAGAACACACUUCUCCGGCUCUCGAGGCGCCUCCACGUGGAGUGGCAAGGUGCAACUGCAGAGAAGGAGGGAGAAGGAAGGCCAUCUGCCCAAGCAGGCCCCCAAGUGGGCACUAAUUUAGCCAAGCAGCGAAUUGCAGCAAAAUCCCCACAAACGCACAAAAUGAGACACAAUCGUCUGAAGGAUCUGGGACUGGCGUUCCAGUUCAUCCUCAUCCUGGCAUCCUGCCGAGCCGAUGGGCCGCAGCACAGUUCGGACCAUGGCAUGGGCAUGGGAAUGGGGGGGCAUGGAUUGGAUGCGAGUCCAGCGCCAGGAUACGGAGUACCAGCCAUUCCCAAGGAUCCGACAUCCCGAUGCGAGGAGAUCACCAUACCGAUGUGCCGCGGCAUCGGCUACAACAUGACAUCCUUUCCGAAUGAAAUGAACCACGAGACGCAGGACGAGGCUGGCCUGGAGGUGCACCAGUUCUGGCCCCUGGUGGAGAUCAAGUGCUCCCCGGAUCUCAAGUUCUUCCUGUGCAGCAUGUACACUCCCAUUUGCCUGGAGGAGUACCACAAGCCCCUGCCCGUCUGCCGGAGUGUCUGCGAACGAGCCCGUUCCGGAUGCGCGCCCAUCAUGCAGCAGUACAGCUUCGAGUGGCCGGAGAGGAUGGCCUGCGAGCACCUGCCCAUCCACGGUGAUCCGGACAACCUUUGCAUGGAACAGCCGUCCUACACGGAGGCGGGAAGUGGCAGCGGCUCGGGCGGAUCGGGUGGAAGUGGCAGUGGUGGCAGCGGAAGCUCCAAGGGCAAGGGCAAGCAGGGCGGUAGCUCUGGAGGCUCCGGAUCCGGCGGAUCGGGCUCUGGAACGAGCAACAAGUGCCGCGGACGCAAUUCAAAAAACUGCCAAAAUCCCCAAGGAGAAAAGGCAAGCGGAAAAGAGUGCAGUUGCUCGUGCCGCUCCCCACUCAUCUUCCUGGGGAAGGAGCAGCUCAUGCAGCAGCAGUCGCAGUCCCCAAUGAUGCAUCAUCCCCACCACUGGUACAUGAACCUCACUGUCCAAAGGAUCGCCGGCGUUCCAAACUGCGGCAUACCGUGCAAGGGACCGUUCUUCAGCAACGACGAAAAGGACUUCGCCGGCCUCUGGAUAGCUCUGUGGUCGGGUCUAUGCUUCUGCAGCACCCUCAUGACCCUAACCACAUUCAUCAUCGACACCGAAAGGUUUAAGUACCCGGAACGGCCCAUUGUCUUCCUCUCGGCCUGCUACUUCAUGGUGGCAGUGGGUUAUCUCUCGAGGAACUUCCUGCAGAACGAGGAGAUUGCCUGCGAUGGCCUACUGCUCAGGGAGAGCUCCACCGGGCCGCACUCGUGUACUCUGGUCUUCCUGCUGACCUACUUCUUCGGCAUGGCCUCCUCCAUCUGGUGGGUGAUCCUGAGCUUCACCUGGUUCCUGGCCGCCGGCCUGAAGUGGGGCAACGAGGCCAUUACCAAGCACUCCCAGUACUUCCACUUGGCUGCCUGGCUCAUUCCCACUGUCCAGUCGGUGGCUGUGCUCCUCUUAUCCGCCGUUGAUGGAGAUCCCAUUCUGGGCAUCUGCUACGUGGGCAACCUCAACCCGGACCACCUGAAGACCUUCGUGCUGGCACCGCUCUUUGUUUACCUCGUAAUUGGCACCACCUUCCUGAUGGCCGGCUUCGUGUCCCUGUUCAGGAUACGCUCGGUGAUCAAGCAGCAGGGCGGCGUGGGAGCCGGCGUCAAGGCGGACAAACUGGAGAAGCUAAUGAUCCGCAUUGGAAUCUUCUCGGUGCUCUACACGGUCCCAGCCACCAUCGUGAUCGGUUGCUAUCUGUACGAGGCUGCCUACUUCGAGGACUGGAUCAAGGCCCUGGCCUGUCCAUGUGCCCAGGUGAAAGGACCCGGCAAGAAGCCCCUCUACUCCGUGCUGAUGCUCAAAUACUUCAUGGCUCUGGCGGUGGGCAUCACCUCCGGCGUGUGGAUCUGGUCGGGUAAGACCCUGGAGAGCUGGCGGCGCUUCUGGAGGAGACUUUUCGGGGCGCCCGAUCGCACCGGUGCCAAUCAGGCGUUGAUUAAGCAACGUCCACCCAUCCCGCAUCCAUAUGCCGGCUCUGGAAUGGGAAUGCCGGUUGGAUCGGCGGCAGGAUCUCUAUUAGCCACUCCCUAUACCCAGGCGGGUGGUGCCUCGGUGGCCUCCACCAGCCACCACCACCUGCACCACCAUGUUCUCAAGCAGCCAGCGGCCAGCCAUGUAUGACAUGGAGAGUCGGGGGGAGCAUCCACCAUGGGCGGCGGCGGCGGGGGCGGCGGCAGUACCAUCGGCGGCGGCACCCUGGGCGGUGGCAGCAUUUUAGGCGGCCACGCCGGCACAGCGAUGAGCGGCAGCACGGUCGGCAUGGGCGCUCCUCCCGGCACCCUGAUGCACGGAGCCAACGGCGGAAAUCCCGGUGGCAAUGUCUACGGCAAUGGCAAUGGCGGUGUGGGUGUAGGUGGCGGCGGUGGUCAGAACACCGCCCCAGGUUCGGUUAUCGAUCAGCGAGCUGUCUCCGUAGUGGUUACCCUACCGGGCGGACCGGGUGCCCAGCAUCCGGGGCAGGCGCUGAGCGACUACGGUCCCAUAUAGUUAAUGGUACGCCCGGACACCGCGCACUGGGUCUCGACGAGCAGCUUCAGUCAGCUGUAGCCGCUCUCCUUCCUCGCCAAAGAAGAAUCAGACGAAGAAUCGCUAGAAUCCCACGCCCGGCCUCUGCACUCUCACUCGCACUCUUAGGCUCUCACUCGCACACCUAUUUGUACACCCACUCUAUCUCUAGCAAAGGUUUGAAGCCAUGCCAUAUUAAUUCAUGUAGCCGUAGUUUUUUCAUUGAGUGGAAAAAGGUCCUGUUUCUGUUUGCCUACAUUUAAAUUUUCAAGAAAUAAUUCUCAAGAUUUUAAACAUUAGACUCUUCUGAAGAAUUCUAUAUAAUAGUGUGAGUAAAAACAGGACCUGAACAGCAUUAGAGAUUGUGGUAAAGAACCAUUCUGCAUACAAGAUUCUAGUCGAAAAACAAACCUUUGCCUUCAAAAAGCAGAUGAGCCAACGAGCAUAAGGUCGUGGCCAAAAAUGGGUUUAAAUUCCAAGUCCCAGAUAUAGAUACGCGAUCGAAUCCAGUUGAAGUGCGUUUGUUCCACCCGCCAUUAACUGCUUUACUAUCUACUUAUAUUUAUAAAGCACAUAUUUUUUUUUGUUGUUACUACUUUAUCCUUCCACAAAUACUUUCCUCCACGAAAUAGACUGAGAAAUGCAAAAACCAAUUAAGUAGCCGCCACGUAAACCACUCAAAAAACAAAAAAAAUACGAAAAAAUCAAAGUAUAGAGCGGAAUCUGCCCACACUGCCAAGUCAGAGCCACGAGCCAUAUUUCGAAAUUACAACUAACUUUUAAUCAAACUAACUACACUAUUAACCUUAACCUAAACGUAAACAUUAAAUAUUACAAAAUAAACAAAAAGAAAAAUCAAAUAAACACUUCGAAUGCCCGUAGAAAGUUAGUUGCGAUUUUAGGGUUAUCGCAUUAUCAAAGAACAGGCGGUCAGUGUUGCCAGAUACCAUUUGUAAAUUAUUUAAUCUAUCCUAAGGCAUUAUCAAAACACUAAUUUUUGUAAAUAUUUUCAAAACGCGCCUAGUUUGUAAACGACGACUUUAUUUGUUCAGAGAUGAGAUGAAGAACCCUGGAAACUAAAAUAGAAAUUUAAAUAUAGUAACUUGCAUUUCAGAAUCAAAGGCAACUCUGCAUUUAAGCUCAAAAAUUGAAUUUAAUUUUUUUAUAUAAAUAAAUCCCAAAAUCGAGAAACACUACCAAAAUUUCCUGCCCUUUUCCCCCAUAAAGUUAAAAUGAAGAAAUGAAAAUUGCCAACUUUAGCAGCCGAAGCAGGGCAUUUUUUUGCAUUUAUAAAAGAAGCAAAAAGAAAAAUUGUAUAAAGCUAAAACACUUAUAUAAGAGUAUUAAAUUAAAUGUAAUCUUAGUUUUAAACAAACGCAAAAACCAGAAAAAAAACAAACAAACAAAAACGGAAAACGAAAGCAAAACAAAAUAUCUAUCAAGCAUUAAAAACUAUUGUAUUUAAAUUUAAUAUUUAUAUUACAUGGUAAAAGCAACAAUUUAACUGUUAGCAUUUCAAACCAUUUCACAUACGAAACAAAACGAAAAAAAGGAUGAACUUUAUAUUAUAAAUUAUAUGAUAUAGCAACAACUAUGUGUGUAAUGUUUUUAGCAACUAUAACUAUUUCUAUAAACAAAACGAAAAAUAUGCGAAUGCUGUAAUAAAAACAAUAUACAAAAUA